CCUGUUCCCAGCUUCCGUCCUCUCAGUUCCCACGGAGUAGCCCAACCUGCCAAAGCUGAGCCUCCGGGGCUCUCCCUGGCCUCAACUCAGCCCUCGGUCCCUCACCCCAAUGAGAGGGGAGCAAGGUGCAGGCCUCUAAGCUGAGAGUUGGGGUCAUUUAGCCAAUAAACAGACUGUGACCUCUGCACCUGCAAACACCUUCGCUCUCCAUGCUGAGCCAAGAUGGGGAACGGAAAAGACGAAGAUUAUAAUUUUGUCUUCAAGGUGGUGCUGAUCGGCGAGUCAGGCGUGGGCAAGACCAAUCUGCUGUCCCGGUUCACCCGCAAUGAGUUCAGCCACGAUAGCCGCACCACCAUCGGGGUUGAGUUCUCCACCCGCACUGUAAUGCUGGGCACCGCUGCUGUCAAGGCACAGAUCUGGGACACAGCUGGCCUGGAGCGAUACAGAGCCAUCACCUCUGCGUACUACCGCGGCGCGGUAGGGGCGCUCCUGGUAUUCGACCUAACGAAGCACCAGACCUACGCUGUGGUGGAGCGCUGGCUGAAGGAGCUGUAUGACCACGCGGAAGCCACUAUCGUUGUCAUGCUUGUGGGGAACAAAAGUGACCUCAGCCAGGCCCGGGAGGUGCCCACCGAGGAGGCCUGCAUGUUUGCUGAAAACAAUGGUCUGCUGUUCCUGGAGACCUCAGCCCUGGACUCCACCAAUGUUGAGCUAGCCUUUGAGACUGUCCUCAAGGAGAUCUUUGCAAAGGUGUCCAAGCAGAGGCAGAACAGCACCCGGACCAAUGCCAUCACCCUGGGUAAUGCCCAAGCUGGACAAGAUUCUGGCCCUGGGGAGAAGAAGGCUUGCUGCAUUAACCUUUGACCUCAGCCAUGGUCAACCCCAUGUCCCUGCCUUCAGCCUUUGGGUACCCCUCCACCCUGACUGCAGGACUUCUCCCCCCCCUUGAGUCCUGUUCACAAGCACCCAGGGUUAUCGUGCCCUACCAAUCACCUGUCCACACCCCUCAUGGGCUAGGGCCCUCAAAUAAAGCUGUUUUGUAUCAUGCCUGGC